UGUUGAUUGCUCGUUCGCUGUCGCCGUCGCGUUUGCUUUGCUAGUAGCAGAAAAAAUAUAUAUUCGCAUUUUUAGCUUAGGUGUUUUUGUUUCUGAUACUACUUUACGUUUAUAAUUCUGUUGUAUAUUGUGAGAAGUGACAAGUUGGAAGAAAUGGAGGUGUGGUCGUAAAACUUGCAUUGAGGACUCGUUCACAAAUUGAUCUUCCCUAGGACUCGUGCCUGAGUGCAGUACAGCUAUACACCGAACAUUUGCGACCCAAAUGUUUUUAUAAUUUAUUAACAACCAAGUGGUGUUAGGUUAUGUAUACUUUAAAUAAAUCGAGCUAAACAUAGGCUGCUAAAAUGAGCAACUGGGCUAGGAGGAUGCACCGGCGGGCUGCCACUUUGAGCAAUGUGGUCACAUCCUGCGGGCACCCGAAUACCCUGCCCUAUCCGCGGCGGCUAGAAAAAGUCAAGUUCGGAGUACCUUUGCACGAAGUUUGUAAGGACGACAUACCUGGGCCUCUACUCGUGCUGAUUUUAAAGUUGAACAAGGAGGCACCGCUGCGUCGCGAUGUAUUUCGCGCACCAGGACACCAGGGUGCUAUGAAGAAGCUGAUUCACUUCCUGCAAACGGGCCGACUAGUGAAUGUAGACAAUUACUCUGUGUAUACCAUUGCUAGUGUACUCAAAAAGUUUUUGAGGAAAAUACCAGGAGGUGUGUUUGGGCGCGAUGGGGAGAUGCAUUUGUUCACUGCUGUGGAGUUCCCAGAAGAGCAGCAAGUCCAUGAAAUACGAAGACUGCUUCUGUCCCUGCCAGUGUGCACGCAAAGGCUGCUAGUGCUACUGUUCGGCACGUUUCGGGUGAUGGCGUCAAAUGCUGACAAAGCUGGUACCGGCAUGACAUCCGAAGCGCUCGGUGUGUCCGUAGCUCCGUCAUUCUUCCACUCUUGCGUGUCGGAUGGCAAAACUGCCACAAUGGAGGACGUUCAGAGGUUCAAGGCUGAAGUGUGCGUGGCGACCCGCAUAAUGCGUCAGCUUAUCGAGCAGUUCUCAGCGGGUGAUCUGUUCGGGCGCGACAACUACGAGUACUACGCGCGGGUCACGGGCCGUAUCCUGCGAGUGAAGGACGAGUGGAUAUGCUCGUUCAGGGACCCGCCGCCGCCGCGACACCGCAUCGACCAGGAGGCCUACGCUAGACAAUUAUCGCUGGAAGCCGAGAAGACGUGGCUGCAAUGCGAAUGCGACCGUUGGGGCAAUAAAUUUAAUUUAGAAGGUUUAGCAAAGUCCGAGGAAUGCCAGUCGAUGCCCGCGCUGAUGGGCGUCGUCGGCGGCAGCGCGGCCGGCGGCGUGCUCGGGCUCGGCAUCAUACCCGAGCACUCACUGCUCGACUCCUGCACCAGGCUGUCCAUCUCGCUCGAGGAGAGCGUGUUCAAGGUGUCGGUGAGUUCAUCGUCGCAGUCGUCGCGCAGCAACUCCAGCCCGCACAUGACGCUGGACGAGCUCCGAGCCGUCAACAAGUAUGCGGAGAGCACCAAGAGUCUCUCCUAUCUCCCCCAGGUCCACGAGCGACAGCGGGCGCGGAUGCGCACGCGCUCCGAGUGGUUCCUGCAGCCCGCGGCGUCGCUGGACGCGCCGCGCGCGCGCGCCGGUGGCGAACGUCGCAGCUCGCGGCGGCGGUCCCGGCGCGCUCGUCUGUGCGCGGGCGGCGCCGCGUGCCGCGCGCUCACGCACUCCGACACUGAGGUCCCGCUCGCUCUCCAGCCUCGUAAAAUAACCGCCUGACGCGAAAUCAAGGUCGACAUCACCUACCUAGGAGUGCCUACACCGAAGCGCGCCACGGAACCUGAUCUGAGGCUUCUUAUUAGUUAUUUAAGUCUUCGGCCUCGCAGUGAUCGACUGUCGCUUCCUUAAAUACACCACACCAUCUUCAUUUAGUCGUAGUUAGCCUCGUAAAAUGACCGCGCGCAACGAAACCUGACCUGAGGUUUUUUUUUAGUUAUCUUAGUAUCCGGCUUCGCAGUAAUCGAUUAUCGCUUACCUACACGAUAUUCAGUUAGAGUCGUCUGAGAAGUCAAUCACUCUCCAGCCUCGUAAAAUAACUGCCUGAUGCGAGAUCACGGUCGACAUCGACUAGCUUGGUGUGCCUACACCAAAGCGCGUCACUAAACCUGAUAUAAGGAUUUUUAUUAGUUAUCUAAGUCUUCGGCCUCGCAGUGUGACCGCGUGACUGAAUAGCAUCUGAGGCUCGUUGUCAGUCAAUAUUCUCUUCGGCCUCCAGCCUCGCAGAGGACGCCUAUUGCUCCCAGGAUACAUUGCCGAUCUUUAAGCCAUCGUAUUCGAAACGACAUUAACCCUUAAAUGCAUGAUUUUUUCUUUUUGCCUGGAAUUAAUAUAUGUCUUACAUAAUUGUUUACUGAUUCUAGGAAAAAUUAAAAUUAAAACAUCGAUUUUCACUGCUUAACCAGUAUUAGAAUUUACAUAGGGUAAAUAAUAAUUUAUGUAAAUUUAUACAAUUAUUGGUAAAAGAUAUAUAAAAAAUCUUACUACCAUUAGAAAUUUAUACUAUUUGUAAUAUACCUAUAAUAAAGAUUUUAAAUAUAAAUAAUUACAAACCCCGAAAAAACCGCCUAAAUUACAUACUAAAAAUCAUCAAAUUUUUCCAAUUUUCCGCCAUUUCGUGUUAAAAGAAAUGUAAUUUUUUUAAACUUAAAUACUGCGCAAAUUUGAAUAAAACAACGGAAAGCGUAUUAAUUUACGAUCAAAAUAAUUAUACAGGACCAAAUAGAUUUUACCUAAUUAUGCAUAAAAUUAUAUGUUUUUUGUUGUGUACAUACAUACAUCACUAUGCAUUCAAGGGUUAAUGGAAACGCAAUGGGAACCUUUAUAUUGCGUAUAUCCAUAGAUCUCAGAGGCCACUUCACCAUGAGGCGACCUGUGUUGAUAAAGUUACUACACUUACGGCUACCAAAACGAACUACCUCGAAGGAAAGGAAAUCGUUGGAUUUAAUUUAACUCAAUCUUUCCCUAAGUUCGCAGCAUUACUCAACCGAUUCAGUUAAUCAAUUUGUAAUAGGUAGUGUUUUGUUAGUUUUCAUAGCAUUGCAUUUUUUAUGAAGACUAGCAUGCUGUUUUCCUAUUUUUAUUUGCAUGACGAAAAAGCUAUAUAUAUAGGAUAUAGAACACCAUCACAAAUGUAUUGAUAAUUGUAAUGAGUGGUGAGCUGCAUUGCAAUAAGUUCAGCAUUAAUUUAGGUUUACAAUAGCCUUUUAAAUAUUGAAGUCUCAUAUGAUCUGUUUUUCGACUUAAGUUAUGUAAUAGGUGGGCAGGUAUACAUUUUAACGAUUUGUUUUAUACUUUUGUUCAGUUAUUUCAAAAUACCUAACAAGUUUACCGUAAUACAGGAAAUAAAGAGCAAUUGUAGAUUCUGUUAAUACCGUAGAUUUUGUGACAUAAGCUUUGUUCGACUGUGCUAUUGCUAUAAUUUUGUAAAAAUAAUAUAUUAUCGAAUUUAUUAUGAGAAUGGAUCGCUUAGUUAUCACCUAUUACUACUAUAGAGGUUCAGCUAUGUGUGGAGAAAGAAUUGAUUUUUAAUGAAGUACCCAAUUACUUCGAUAUCACAAUGUUUAAUACAUUCCUGUAAAUAUAUAACGUAGAUAUAUGUAAUAAGAUAGUGUUAAACGCAAAAUAAUAUUACCAUUUCUAUUACUAUGGGACAUGGUAAAUUAUGAACAAAAUAUUUUAUUUUCUAUCGUAAAUAUUAUUUCGUUUUAUAUUCUGUUCUACCUCAUUCAUCAAUUAAUCCUUCAAUCACCAGUUUUGCUCAUAUUUCGAUUAUAUUCCAAUAGUUCCCUAGUCCGUAUUGUUCCGGAUUGUUUCAGUUUUCCUAAUUUUUCUAAAACGAAGAUAGUAAUUUAUGGUAUCUAUUCGCCAAAGUAAGCCAGACGCAAAAGACUGAAAUUUUUAGUAAUAACUUUGAUACUUUUACAAAAAAAUCCCUUCAUAUUAAACCUAACACACUAUGUUAAUUCAACAAGUAGGUUUUAUAUGUCUAUUAUUGGAUAGUACAAAAUUGAGUUUGUUAUUCCGGAACCACAGAAGUAUUUUUAUAAAUUCUUCAUUGCAAUGUGAGGUGCUAGGAUGAUUGUGAAGUUUUCUAUUGUAGCUCGUUUAUCAGCAAGACAUCGGCAUAAAGUAGGCAUUCGUCCCUCUCGAACUUAAUUGGUAGAAAGGGAAAAAUGCUUAUAUAAUCUCUGUUGUCCAUAAACUAUAGUCUUACUACUCUUACUGUAGAUACUCGUAUCUGUAUUCAAAUUAUGCUCGCGUUACUAAUUUACUUUAUAAAAAAAACUUAAAUUAUUGUUAUGCACAUUGGUUCGCACAGGAUGUGUUAGUUAUAUAAUAUAUAACAUAUAUUUAAGACUGUUUAGAUUAGUUUAUUCAAUGCAAGUCAAAAGACAUGUAAUUGUUCAACAUAUGAGACUAAACUUCAGAACAUGAUCUGAUUGCUUCAAUAUUAUUUAGUAAGAUGUUAGAAGACAGCAAUUUAUGUUUUAUACAUAUGUAAGUAGGUUUUAAGCAGUUGUUAGUCUGCUUUUCGUUGCCUAAUGAAACCAUCGCACUCAUUGUUUUUUUAUCAUCAAAUAUUGAUAUAGCUAUAUAUGUAUGCGUAAUGUGACAUUACGUGUGUUAUAUAAAGAAUAUCAAACAAAUUUGUGGUUUUUGUGUGAUACCUGUUGUUCUGUGGCCAUACUGUAGCGUAGCGGGAAGUAGUGUUCUGAAUACUGCUAGAAGGGUUGUUUGUUAGCCUACUUAGAUGUGUAUGUUGUAAUAAAGUAUAAGAACGGGCCUGCAUCUCUAGGAUUUGCACGCCCACGUUCCUGUGUUCAUUGAGUAGUGUUAGGGAAACAAUUUGUAGAAGGUCGAGGUGAACUAGUGUCGUCGUGUAUGACAGUGGCGCGACGUACCAUCAGCCACACACUACUGACGGUUAACCUAGGAACAAUAACAUGAUAUCAACAUGUGGGCAGUCAAGUGUGUUGCUGUUGGUACUUACUGCUUUUGCUAUCACGAGCGGGCUUUACGAAAUAGUAUAUAAAAGCCGUGAUAGCAACAGCAAACCUUUUUUUAUAAAUUAUAACCAUUAGUGUAUUACUAUAUGAUUCAAUGCGUCCUAUUUUUUUUAGAUAAAAUUAUAUUUCUAACGUUUAACAUAGCUAUAUCUACUAUUUUGUACAAUAACGUAUAAGUUGCUCUAAAUGUAGAAAUAUUAUUUUUGAUUUUAUAAGACUGUUUAUGUUAUUAAUUACUUAUAUAAUUUAUUAAUGACACUCGAAUACUUGAAUGUCAGAUCAUUCCACCGAUUUAAGUAUUUUCAACAACACCAGUUGCAUUUGAGUAUUAUGAAUCUUUUCUCAUUAACUUUUAUUAGAGAUCUCAGAGCUUUAACAAAAUAAUAACAGUGUUACUAUAAAAGCAUUUUGUAUAAUACUUAUUUUUAUUACCAAACGUAACGGAAAUUCAUUAACUUUCUUUGACAUUAUAAAAUGUAUUUCUGAAAUUAAAUGGAAUCCAAUUUAAUAUUGAUUCUUGAUAGUAUUAAAUAUGGUAUUUCGCUAAUUAAUUUCAGUUGUUAUUGUCACAUUAUUUGCACAUUUUCUACACGAAUUAUAAAGAACUUACACGAGAAUAAAAAAUAAUAAAUUAAA